AUGAAACCAGGAGGACCAUUUGCAUUGAAUCCCCAUGCAACAUCAUACGUACCACUCUCUAAAAGACUGGAUGAUCAUGCUGACAUGGACGGUUUCUUGUUUGCCAACAACCCUACCACACUUGAGCUAAGUUUUGCUGGCGUUCAAGUGUCGAUGCCCAAGAGUUCAUCUGAAGUGGCGUACAAGCUGAUAAGAGAUGAUGAGUUUGAUAUGGAGAUGGAGAUAGACAUGGAUAUUGAAUACCUUUUAGUGACAUUCUCUGGUCUCUCUCAAGAGUCUAUUACUGAUGUAUACCUUGCGAAUUGCGGUGAUCUUGAAGCAACCAUUGAGAUGCUUAAUCAGCUUGAGAUAUACAGCAAUGAAGCUCAAGAAAACCUCCCAGAGACGCUUGAUAUUGGGGAUAUGUGUGAAUCAGGACCUUCAACACAAAGUGCACCUCUAUCAUCGUCAUCAUCAUCGGUUAUCCCAAGUGCACCUGUAUCAGCCUGA